GCAAUUAAUAUAUUUUUGAUGAAUCGCAUAUCAUCAAAAAUCUUUAAAUUUUAUCCAAAAAACACGACGGAACGUUCCUUGAAGAUGGUUUCAAAUCCCAUAGAAACGUCUAUUAGAGAAAAACUCAGCUCGGAAUUUGCCCCGAAACAUUUAGAAGUCAUCAAUGAAUCUCCAAUGCAUAAUGUCCCAAAAGGAUCAGAGUCCCAUUUCAAAGUUUUGGUUGUUUCCGAAAAGUUUAUGAACGUACCUUUAAUUAUGAGACAUCGAAUGGUUAAUGAUGCAUUACGAGAGGAAUUAACGCAAGGACUUCAUGCUUUAUCAAUUCAAGCAAAAACUCCGGAUCAAUGGAAACCUUCUGAUGUCGUUGAACCAAGUCCGAAUUGCCGGGGGGGAUUUGGAAAAUAAUGUUGAAUAUAAUAAUUAUUCUUGAUUAUGAAUAUAUUUAGGAAAUUAAUAAAACAAAUUAAACAGA